AUGGUAAGAAUAGUAGAACUUGCAGAUGAUGGUACGCCAUUGGUAGAUCAAUCGGCAACACUAAGCGAAGGAACAACCAUUGAGUCAGUUAACGGUACAUCCACAGUUCCACGCGCAGACUGGUCUAGAAAUCAACACCGUGUCCGGCAAAACACCUCAGACCCAUUUCAUUCUUUGCAUGGUUUAAGCCCGUCUCAAGCUCUGAGAAUUAUCCAGAGAAGCUUUCAGAAUAUGGAGAUCAGUACGUUAGGGUCGGGCUGCUUCGUCACUCUUCUAAUUUUAUGGUUUUCAAUGAUUGUGUUAAUGCUGGUACUAUGCGGUUUAGCGUUCUGCUCGUUUGUGAAUUUUUUAUUUCCGAAGUGUAGCAAACCAAUUUCAACACGCAAACCGAGAAAUGUACCUAAAAGAGAUCGCAACUAAAGUAUAAAUAAAGUAUUCGUUAUUACCGC